AUGAAGGAAGAAAAGGAGAAAACUCCGCCAAAUAAUAUUACUGGUCCUCCAACACCCGCACAGAAUAUACUGCAUUCGACUCCCGCUGCUUUUGGAACGGCUGGUACCGUUGGUCAAGGUGCAGGUGGUUUCGGUAGUCAGCUUUAUCAGUCGCCUUACGUCGACUCACAGCAAUCCGUUAUCGGCUCACCUGUCACACCCGCUCCCCUACCAAAGAAAGCCACUCUGAAGACUCCUCAACCGAGAAUCUACUCGGCUGUUUACUCAGGUGUAGGCGUAUACGAAGCUAUGAUUAGAGGCAUUGCGGUCAUGAGAAGGCGUGCAGAUGGCUACAUGAACGCAACUCAGAUCCUAAAAGUUGCAGGCGUAGAUAAAGGAAGACGCACAAAAAUAUUAGAAAGAGAAAUUCUCGCUGGUUUACAUGAGAAGAUACAAGGUGGCUAUGGUAAAUACCAAGGCACUUGGAUACCUUUCGAGAGAGGUAGAGAACUCGCUCUUCAAUACGGCUGUGAUCACCUUCUAGCUCCUAUUUUUGACUUCAACCCAUCAGUUAUGCAACCAAGCGCUGGUAGAUCAGCUAAAUCUCCCUCAAAGAAACGUCAAAAUAGUAUCGUUUUAUCACCUACCCAAGAACGUCAUCAGAGCUCAAUUAUCGCACUUAACACUGCAAGAGCAUCUGGUAUUUACGUAGGUGGCGCAGAUGACCCAAACGAUGACGGUCUCAGUAAGAAGGAAAAAUCUCCAGUUAAAAAGAGUAAAUACGAUGAAGUUCCUGUGAAUGUCAGUAAAAGACCAUAUGUACCACCUCCGGGUACAAACGCUCACAUUUUAACACGUACUCAACAAUCAUUAACCGCUUUAUUCCAACAACCUACAACGAAUUCAGAUUUCAUACCAGAAGCAGUAGCGAUUUUAGAUACAACAAGUGGUGCACUCCAUCCAGACUUAGCGAUUGAUGAAUUAGGACACACUGCUUUGCAUUGGGCAGCUUCACUUGGACGUAUUAGCAACGUUCAACAACUUAUCAAAAAAGGUGCAGACAUGAAGAGGGGUAACAUAGAAGGUGAAACUCCUUUAGAAAGAUCUGUAUUAGUUAAUGACAAUUAUGACAAAAAGACAUUUGCAUAUUUACUUCAAGAGUUAGGUUCAAGUAUAAGAGUUGUUGAUAGAACCGGUCGGUCGAUUUUACACCACAUUGCACUCAUCGCUGCUGUUAAUGGUCGGUCAAUGUCCGCUAAAUAUUACAUGGAAAAUGUUCUGGAGUAUAUUGCAAGGUAUGAAAAUGGUGAAUUUAAAUCACUCGUUGAUUUGCAAGAUGAGCAUGGAGAUACUGCUCUUAAUAUUAGUGCUAGAGUUGGUAAUCGCAAUCUAGUCAAAAUGUUAGUAGAUGCCGGAGCAAACAAAACAGUUGUAAAUAAAUUGGGACUCAAAGCAUCAGAUUUUGGUGUAGAGCAUGAAACAUUAAACUCAGUCACUGGAGAUGAAAUGCUCUCUAAUCUUCAACCACCACCUCCAUUAAAUGUCGACAGUAGUGCGAGCGUUUUGGAGAAUAUUCACAACCUCUUGAAUGGUAUAACGCAGCAAUAUACUGAUGAAACCAGUGGCAAGAAUGCGCUGUUGUUUGAAAUUCAAGCUGAAUUGAAACAACACUCUCAUGAACUAGCUGACGUGAGAAAGGAAAUUCAAUAUUGGCAAAAUAAAGCCACACAAAUGGCAGAAGUGGAUCAAAAGAUAAAAAAUAUAAAUGAAGCGAUUGAAAAUGAAAAAGUGCAAACAUGGUCACUAUUAGGUGAAGCAAAUGCAGACAAAAUGGAAGGAAUUGAAACGUCAUCAAGUUCAAAUACUUCAGAAAUAAAAAUACCAACAGGAGAUAACGAAGAGAGUCUAAAACAAUUACGCAAAUUAUCAAAAUGGUUAGAAGGUACACAAAAACUUACAGAAGAACGUGUUGCUUCAAUAGAUGGAUUAUCUGCAUCAAAAGAAGUUAAAUACAAGUCUAUAGUUAGUGUAUGUACAGGUGUACCAGUUAAUGAAGUUGAAGGAAUGCUCGCACAACUUCUAGAAGCCAUGGAAAGUGAUGCUAACGCAGAUUUGAAUAAAGUACAAGAGUUUCUAGCAAGAGAGUGUUAAAUUAGUCCUUCUUAAAUGUAAAUAAAUGUUUUUAUGUAUCAGUAAUUAAUUAUUUAUUCAUUUUU